AUGGCUGGAGCAAGUCAAGUUUGUAUAAUUUUGCUUACUGAACACCACGAAGCAUCACCUUCAAUCAGUAGUUGGGAGUCUACAGACUCCGCAAAGUUAUUUGUACGCGAGGUUCUUGAUUUGCCCGAACCGGGUACGGAGAGCAACCCCAUAGUGGUUGAAGAUGAUCCUGCUCCAUUAGGCUCGGCUUCCAACCCUAUUGUGAUAUAUGAUGACGAGGAAUGGUGCCAUGAUGAGGCAGAACAGCUUGGCUCUGGUGACGACACCGACAUCAUGAGUACGCCCGAAUUUUGGGAGGAUUUCACUCCACCAGCCUGCGAGAACCCAGAAGAGCUUGGAGUUUUGGGACAGUCAUCCGUGGAUAGUUUUCGCUUAGCUGAUGAAGCAACGAAGGAAAAAACAGUCAAAGCCUCGGAGGAUCAUUAUGUUGCUGUACUUGGGGACGUUCAAAGUAGUCAAGCAGAAAACGGUCAAAGCAAGAUCCAAGGCAUCCUACCCGAAGCCAAGGAGCCCACACCGGUUUGCAAUACAUCUGAUACCCGCUCUAUGAAGGGUCAAUUUGGAACGCAGGAAAGACCAUACGGCACUGACAUAUCUACCGUGAGGGAUCCAUCGCAAGAUUCUUGUGAUCGAGAAUCAACGAAACGCAAAUGUGCAGACGACGAGGGCGUCUCUUCUGACCCCAGAAGAUCCAAAUGCUUGAUCAAGAGGGCCAGAAAAUAG